ACUUUAGAGGGCCACUAAAUGAAACCAUAUAUUGGCUACCUAAUACUUCUCUCUCUAGCUAACACACAAAUAUAUAUGCACUGCAUAUUGUGUUCAAAUUGUGUGUUUUAAAUAAAAACUUGUUCGAGCAGAGAGCCAUUUUUUUUUGUUUUUUGUGAUAAACUCGAUCAUCAAUUUCAAGGCAGUGUCCUCCAUGGCCAAGACCAAGAGACUCCUCACACUUUUUCUAAGGUUCCUUGCCAUUGGAGCAACUAUAGCAGCAGUGAUCGUUAUGGUGACAAGCCAUGAAUCUACUGAGGUCUUCAACCUAACCUUCACUGCCAAAUAUAGCAACGAUCCAGCAUUCAAGUACUUUGUGGUAGCAGAAGCCAUAGCAUGUGGAUACAGCCUAAUUCUCCUCUUCACAUGUUCCCAAACUUCACUUGGGCGUUUGGUUCUGAUCCUUGAUGUGGUGAUAGCAAUGCUACUCACUUCAAGCGUGUCAGCAGCACUAGCAAUAGCUCAUGUUGGCAAGAAAGGCAACACUCAUGCUGGUUGGCUUCCAAUUUGUGGACAAGUUCCUAAAUUUUGUGACCAUGUCACUGGAGCUCUUGUUGCUGGUUUCGCUGCAGCUAUAAUAUACUUAAUACUUAUUUUUUGUCCUCUUUACUCUGCUCAGAACCCCCUCUAUCUGUGAAAGUACUAGAAACACAAUAUACUUAAUACAUCCAUCACCAAUCAAGUGUUUUUGAUCUACUACGCUUUUUCAUAUCAAGCAUCUUCUGGUUCUAGUUCUUGUCCCUUCACCCCACUUGUACUGAUUUAUUUAUUCAUAGAUAGAUAUCAAUAUCAAUACAAAGAUCCCUAUUAAUGGCUUCUUAAUUUUAGGACUGCUCA